GACAUUCAAAUAGGUCGACAAGUCGGCUCUGCAAGGCGAGAUGACCGCCUGGGUUAACUGUCUGAUGGCUCUGUCAUUCCUGAUAGUUGUGUCUUGGGUGAAAGAAAGCUAUGGGCAGGAGACAGAAGCCACCUGCUGUGCACAGCUAAAGGGCUUAUCUCAGUGUGGAGCAGACAAGGUGUUCCUCCAGGGCCAGCCGGGCACACCAGGAAUUCCUGGUGUGCCAGGAACAAGCGGAUUGCCUGGAGCUAAGGGUGACACAGGCCCUCAGGGGCCCCCAGGGGAGAGAGGAUCUGCUGGAGCAACUGGGAAAGCUGGACCCAAGGGAGAUAAAGGAGACCAAGGAGAUUCAUGCAGCUGUACCAGCAGCCAGCAGCAAGAGACCAGAACCAGAAGCUGCAAAGAGCUUCUCGAACUCGGAGAGACACUGAAUGGCUGGUACACGAUCUAUCCAGUCCCCAGUAAAGCAAUGACUGUCUUCUGUGACAUGGAGACUGAUGGCGGAGGAUGGCUGGUAUUCCAGAGGCGGCAGGAUGGAUCAGUGGAUUUCUACCGUGGGUGGCAGUCCUACAAGAAAGGUUUUGGGAACCACGCUUCAGAAUUCUGGCUGGGCAAUGAUAAAAUCCAUCUUCUCACAAAUUCUGGAGUACAGCAGCUACGGAUUGAUACCAGGGACUUCAAUGACACUAACACUUAUGCUGCAUAUACCACUUUCCGCAUCUUGAGCGAGGAGGAAAACUACCGUCUACAAGUGGGAUCAUACUUAGGUGGUAACAUGGGUGAUUCCUUCUCCUCGCAUAACGGCAUGAACUUCUCUACCCUGGACAAGGAUAAUGACAUCCAUGAGACAGGAAGCUGUGCUGUAUCCUACAAGGGUGCCUGGUGGUAUAGUGUCUGCCACUCUUCUAAUCUGAAUGGCCUGUACCUCAAAGGCGAACACACUUCUUAUGCCAAUGGCAUCAACUGGGCUGCAGGGAAGGGGCACCAUUAUUCGUACAAAUAUGCAGAUAUGAAAAUUAGACCACAGUAGAUGGAUCCGGCACUUCAGGCUCUGUGUGGCCCUAGUGGAUCUGCUCCAUGUAUUUACUGGCACACGAACUCCCAUCUGAACGCUAAGCUUCACAGUGCAGUCACGCAAGACUGGCACUUGCCGAUUCAGUGCUCCUGUGUGCUUCGGAGAUAAUCUGCAGUACCUGCAGGACCACUGUGUUCCCUGUGCUCCCAGCUGUCUCUCGAGAUCACCAUUUGAGGCCAUGUUCCAUCACCUUCCAGUUUCUGAGGGGAACAGCCGCUAGAGGAACCCCUUUUUCCAUUGUAGCACUUAGUUUUCGAAUGCCCACCUUUUCAGUGCUUGAAUGGCUCCAGAUUGGCUCUGUGUGGUGAAGAUAUUUGUUCUCUCAGGUUUUUCAGUGAGUGGUUCUGACCCCACCCCCACCACCGAUGUUUUGAUCUUAAGUCUGCUGUUUUUAAAUUUUUUUUCUACUAAAUUGCUGAUUGUAAUGUUCUGUACUGUUGUUGUUUUUUUUGUGAAGUGUGUAUUUUAUUACUGGGCUUUUUAAGCUCCCUCAGGAUCAAUUUUUGGGUUGAUAGGAAGGAUGCAAAUAUUUAAAUAAAUAUUCUCCCAUAUAAUUUGGGCUCUGUUUUUGUAACUGACACAACUGAAACCUUAAGUUGCCUAAUCAGGAAUAGGUCAGCUUGUUAGCCAAAUUGCCUUAAAUUCUUAAUUGAUAUUGGUGAAGUUAUGAUUAUUAAUUGGCG